AUGAAUCCUUUAUUAGAAAUUGCUGAAGUUUCAGUAGGUCAACACUAUUACUGGGAAUUGGGUGGUUAUGAACUACAUGGCCAAGUCCUUAUUACUUCUUGGGUUGUUUUAGCAAUUAUAGCAACAUUAAGUUUAUUAGGUAAUCGUGAUCUAAAACCAACACCAGAUGGUUUUCAAAACUUUACCGAACUUGUAACAGAAUUUAUUCGUGAUUUAGCUAAAACACAAAUUGGUGAAGAAGAUUAUUUAAAAUGGUACCUUUUUUAG